AUGUCUUCUUCAAAUACCACUAAUGAUCUUGCUAGUGCUGUGAGUAAUGUUACACAGAAAACGAUCAUGUUCACCCGAUAUUGGUGUAUGACAAUGUUUAUUCUUGGUUUGAUUGGACAUUCGUUAAAUGUCUGUAUAUUCACCCGGCCUGCACUUCGAUUGAAUCCAUGUGCUAGAUAUUUUAUGGCAUCAGCCAUUGCUGGUUAUGGUGUUAUAUUUGGUGUUCUACCAGUGCGUCUUUUACAAUUUGGGUACAGUCGAAGUUUAUUUCUUUCUUCAGUGACAAUGUGCAAAAUGUUGACAUUUUUAUUUUCUUGGGCAAGAAUUUUACCCUGUUGGUUUAUAGGUUUAGCUUCUAUUGAUCGGUUUUUAUGUAGUUCACCAUCUAUGAGACUUCGUGGUUGGAGUUCAAUUCGUGUUUUCAAAUAUUUGAUAACACUUGCAAUUUUAUUUACAGGUCUUACACAAAUGCCAAUACUUAUCUUUUUCACAAUCAGUAGUCAACCAGCAAUAUGUCUUGGUCAACCAAAUUUAUUUCAAAAAUUAAAUGGAUUUUUUAUUUUAAUUGUCUGGAGUUUGAUUCCAUCAUUAACAAUGUUUAUAUUUGGCUUUCUUACAAUUCGUCAUAUUCAACAAUCAAUUCCAAGAGUCCAUGAUGAAAAUAUUAUAAUUCAUCAUCAGAAACGAACGAAAUUUAUUGAUCGACAAUUGAUUCAAAUGACACUUAUGCAAUCAAUUUUAUUUGGAUUAACAUCAGCUGCAGGAGCAAUUGGUGGUACAUUUAAUGUACUUGAUGAUAAUUCACGAAAAGAUGCAUUAGAAUUGGCUAAACAAAGUUUAAUUGGCAAUGUGCUUUCAUUCGUUGGUCUGUUUGGUCCUUGCUUAAGUUUUUAUUCGUGCACAUUAUCAAGUCAAUUGUUCCGGCAUGAACUUAUGAUUUUACUUCAUGUUCGUAAACAACAUGAAGAAGGUGAUGUUACAGACGCAUUAACAAUGCAAGAAAGAAUUAACUGA